CCCUCUCCGCGCGUCGCAGCCGGAGCUCAAGCGAGCAGCCGCCAGCCAGCGCCGGGGCCGGCAGAACCUGGUCCGGAGCUCGGAGCUCUUCACCGAGCAGCUCCCGGAGAGGAGUGUCGCCGGUUGGGACGCGUGCCGCGCACUGGCACCGCCCGGGCACGAGCCAGGCUGCACGAAAAUUCACUGAGUGCCCACCUCGCUGGCUCUACAAUGAGUGCCAAAUCUGCCAUCAGCAAGGAAAUUUUUGCACCUCUUGAUGAAAGAAUGCUGGGCGCUGUCCAAGUCAAGAGGAGGACAAAGAAAAAGAUUCCUUUCUUGGCAACUGGUGGUCAAGGCGAAUAUUUAACUUAUAUCUGCCUGUCAGUGACAAACAAGAAACCCACACAGGCGUCUAUCACGAAGGUCAAACAGUUUGAGGGCUCCACAUCAUUUGUUCGGAGAUCACAGUGGAUGCUUGAGCAGCUUCGCCAGGUUAAUGGUAUCGAUCCUAACCGGGAUUCUGCAGAGUUUGAUUUGUUGUUUGAAAAUGCUUUUGACCAGUGGGUGGCUAGCACAGCCUCAGAAAAAUGCACCUUCUUCCAGAUCCUCCACCACACGUGCCAGAGGUACCUCACUGACAGGAAGCCAGAGUUUAUUAACUGCCAGUCCAAAAUUAUGGGAGGAAACAGCAUUCUUCAUUCUGCUGCUGAUAGUGUGACCAGCGCAGUACAGAAGGCCAGUCAGGCCUUGAAUGAGCGUGGGGAAAGGUUAGGCCGAGCUGAAGAGAAGACAGAAGACUUGAAGAACAGUGCCCAGCAGUUUGCGGAAACUGCCCACAAGCUGGCCAUGAAGCACAAAUGUUGAGAAACUGCCUCCUGGUGACCCUCUUAGGAGAAACAGAAGCGUUUGUUCAGCAGUUUUUACAAGAAUUCUGGACCUCCACUUGCUUCUUUUUUCCACAUAUGGACAUAGACGAUUUUUUUGGUUGUUGUUGUUUUUCAUUUCAGAUGUUAAUAUGAAUGAACAAGUGUUGUGUUUAUACAUUUCACUAAUAAUCUUGCUACAAUAGCAUCAGGCUUCAUUGGAUUAUUUUUUUUCCUCCAUUGUGUGUCUGUGAGUGAAUGUAUCUUCCUUUUUAAGAGAUUUUUCUUUUUGUAGCUUAAAUAUGAAAUUUGGACCAAAUGAUAAACUAAGAUGGGUCUAAACUGGCAACAUGUGUUUUUUUCCUCUCUGAUAUAAGCAAGAAGAUAGCUUCGUGUGGUGACAUCAGAUGUUAUAUUUACAGAACGAAAAUAAAGGCCAAGCAGAGACUGGAUUCCCUCAUUCUCCCUAGUACUCUUAAUUUGAAGAGUAGAAUUUAAAUUCUACUCUAAAUUCUGAGACAUAAGUCUGUAUCGUGGAAAACACUAGGGUUUAUCAGAGGAAAUAGAAGUCUUAGAAGAUUUUGCUCUUUGCAUCUUAAUGUUUUGCAUGAAGCAUCACCAGCAUUCAAAGAAACAAAUCAGAAACACAAAUAGAAAUCUACUUUCUGAGCUGCAGCUUAAAUAUGUCUGCUAUUUCUUUCCAGGCUAAUUACUUAGAAUUAUCAUAUGAAGGAUAAAAAUUUGAGAGUAAAGGCCUAAGGAAAAGCUUACUUUAAAAGUUUGUCUCUUCAUGAUGUUUUUCUCUUUUUUGUCAUUGUCUCAAAUUACAGAGGCUGAAAAGAACUUCAAUUUUUGUCCAAUUAUCUAGGAACUGAAGGUAUGACUCAAGUGGUAGAUAACUAAGCCAAGUAAGCAUGAGGCCCUGAGUUCAAGACCCAGUACUGGUACCAAAAGAAAAAAAAACAUUAAAAAAAACAGAUAAAAGGUCUCUGUAAAUGCUAAUGUGAAAAGAUGCUACACUCAAAAUCAUUUUCAUCUUUACAAGCCUCUACCCAUCCUAGGGUACAGAAAAGGCCUUUAGUUUCUGGGUAUCUGGUUUUUAGAGGUUUGGAUGUUCUUGUUGUUAUCUAUUUAUUUAAUGUAAUUUAACUUAUAUUUCUUGACAGAUUGUGUAUCAUAGCAAUUGUAACCUGCCUGGCCUGACCUAACACUUCAGCCACAAAGCCUUUACAUUGGUGUCAAAUUGAAUAGAAAUAGCCAUAUUUUUUGGUCACAUUUUUCUUUUCUUUCUUCUUUUCUUGUGUGUA